UGCAUCAGAUCUCCUUUCAUUCAUUCAUUCAUUCUUGCUUUCUUUCUUUCUUUCGUUCUUUGUUUUUUUUAUUUUUUUUUAUUUUAUUAUUUUGUAUAAAGCAUGAAAUACCUUGCACUUAUCUUGAUUUUAUGUACACUAACUAGUAUUGUUUAUGGUGCUGAAAAUAAUUUAGACAAUCCAUUAUCACCACGUACUAUUGAAAUUGAUAAAAUUGCACCUAUAUAUUCUUAUAGAAUUAAACAUUACAAAAUACAUACUACCGCUAAUCAACAAAUCAAACGAGCUGUAAUUGAUAAUAAGACCUAUUAUGACUUUACAAAUCAAGAGAAAGAAGACAUUUUUAAAAAGGCAGAUAUAGAUGGCAUGUCAGUAGCAAGAGAUCGUCAAUCUCAAUCCCCUUAUUCUUUGUCACCGUCUUCUUCUUCUGCAACAGUUGUAACUCUAUUUACUACACCAACUGCGACAAUGCAAGUACAACAAGAAGUUGUUUCCUCUUUAUCAAAUAAAAUUGAGGCAUGGAGCUUAUUAGGGAUAAUAUGUUUUCUAGCAUCUAUUAUAAUGAUGAUGAAGAUGUAAAAGAAAGAAAAGUGACUUUUUAAUUUUUUAUAAUUGAAAAAAAAAAAAUAAAAAUAAAAAUAAAAAUAAAAAAUAAAAAAAA